UUGUUUCAGGUCAACUGUUCAUUUUUCUUCAAGAUCGGUGCAUGUAGGCAUGGUGACAAAUGUUCACGUACCCACAUUAUUCCGACGUUUUCUCAAACAGUUCUUUUAAAGAACUUAUACCACAAUCCUGUUAUUGACAUGCGUCAGGCUGACGCGUGUACAAAGGUUGGCAUGAUGAAUAAGGAUGAACAACAAUAUUUCGAUGAGUUUUUCGAAGAAAUAUUCACCGAAGUUAAUGAGAAAUAUGGAGAGAUUGAAGAAAUGGAGGUUUGUGACAAUAUUGGUGAACACAUGAUUGGUAAUGUCUAUGUAAAAUUCGCUCGUGAAGAGGAUGCAGAACGAUGUGUAAAGGCUUUGGACAACAGAUGGUUCAAUGGACAGGCAAUCUAUGCUGAAUUAUCUCCUGUCACCGAUUUCCGUGAAGCUUGCUGUCGUCAAUAUGAACUCGGUGGUUGUAAUAAGGUCUGUCCUGUUUGUUUUUCGAAAUUACGUAUAUUUUCUGUUGGAGACAAGGCGGAAAAUUGUGCUGCGUUUCUAGAUUUGCUUCUAAUUGUUCUUUAA